GUUAACGUUUGGGUGUUAAAUGAUGUCUGGCAUCAAAGGAAAGAAGUGCGCAUUUGUGAUACGAAGGCUGAUUCUCUGGGUUUUAUUGACCAACAUCAUACUGGUGCUGUAUUGCUUGACGAACUCAAGCCAAGGAAAGAACAGGGGCUCCCAGCAAAGCACGUGUGCUCUCAGUGUGGCAGAACUGUUGAAGAAAAAUGUGAGCAUGCCUUCUCAAAGCACCAAGUCACAAGGGUGCUCCCCCAAAGUAAACAUCAUGUUCAUGAAGACCCAUAAAACUGCUAGCAGCACGAUACUCAACAUCCUCUUCCGAUUUGGAGAAAAGCACAAGCUGAAAUUCGCCCUGCCCGAUGGGCGCAACGACUUCUUCUACCCAUCGCCUUUCCUGUGCUCCCAGGUGAAGGACUACAGGCUUGGAGACUGUUUCAACAUCGUGUGCAACCACAUGCGCUUUGACCAUCGGGAAGUGGCCAAGCUCCUGCCUCCGGAUGCCGUGUACAUCACCAUCUUACGCGAUCCGGUGGCUCUCUUUGAGUCGUCCUUCCAUUAUUAUCACAGGGCAGUUCCUCUCACCUGGAGGAUCGAUGGAGAGAACAAACUGGCAGAGUUUCUGAACAAUCCUCAGAGCUUCUACAGCGCAGACGCUUUCAACUCAUUCUACCUCAGAAAUAUGCUCUUUUUUGACUUUGGUUUGGACAACAACUUGGAGGCCGAUGAUCCUCAUGUAAUAAGGGAUAUUCAUAACUUGUCGAAGCGUUUUGAUCUCGUGCUCUUCGCAGAAUAUUUCGAGGAGUCUCUUGUCCUGCUGAAGGACACGCUGUGUUGGACCACGGAGGACAUCCUGUAUUUCAAACUCAAUGCUCGCAGGAGCUCCUCUGUGUCUCAUCUGACCCCUGAGUUGAGAGCCAGAGCUUUACAGUGGAACGGGGCAGACUGGAGGCUCUACCAGCACUUUAAUGCUACCUUCUGGGCCAGAGUGGAGGCUUAUGGGAGAGACAGAAUGAAGCAGGAGGUUAAUGAGCUGAGGAGAAGAAAUUCUGAGAUGAGGGACAUCUGUAUCGAGGACGGAGGUGCAGUUGAGGCCCAUAAGAUUCAAGACGCACGUUUCCUGCCCUGGCAGCCAGUAGGAGAGUCUUCCAUCCUGGGGUACAACAUGAGGAAAAAUAUUGAUCCAAACUUCAGGACAAUCUGUGAGAAAAUGCUCACGCCUGAAAUACAAUACUUGUCAGACCUGGGCAUAAACCUGUGGCUUACUAAACUAUGGGGUUGGUUAAAAGAUGCUGUUUUUAUUGUUUGACUUGGAUUAAAACAUUUAGAACUAGAAUAUAGCAAUUUAUCCUGAAACACGUGUUGUGAUGUCUUUCAGUUUUCUUCUGAAUAAUGCAUCCAUAAUAAUUCAUAUUUGUAAACUAAAAGGUAAAUUCUUCUUUUGCUUCAUGGAAUGUGUUACAUUCAGGAUUUUUUUUUGUGCCAAUCCCAAAUAGGCCUACAGAUGGGUAAAUGUUCUCGAUACCUCCUCUCAUCAUCUGUUGCCUGUUAAUUGCUUUUUGCGUUGUAUUUUUAAACAUCGUGCACGGCAAAUGCUAAAACUCUGUUUCACACUUAAACAUGUGGACAAUAAGACUCCUAGAUGUUGUUCUGGUUGCUACUCGACUUCUUGGUAAAAUUUGCAUGGUGAAUGUUUUUAGCAUUAUUGUGCAAAGCUAAUUUGCUUAAUUGUCCACUGCCAGCACCUGAUGCUUUUUAACCUACAUUAAUCAAAGCAAGGUGUGACGUCAUACACUGAGCCAUCAGUGGUUGUUAUCAUGAUGUUGACACGAAGAGUUUUCAGUGGGACAGACGGUGCUAGGGUGCUCCCUAGAGGCCUGAGUGUCGGUGCAGUUGUAUGCAAUGAAUUUGAAUUGUAGUGGCCUUGUAUGACCCUGUCAUAACAUCCAUUGGCAGUAAUGAUGGUUUGACAAGGCAUGAAAAGCUAAUUAUUAUUUUUGCGUUGAUUUUUACUUUAAUUUAGGCAUUACAAAAUGAUGAAUCAGUUUUAAUAUUAUGUUUGGUGAAAGGUGGCAGCUAUUGUUUGUAGAUUAGACUACUUUCUGCUGAUUUGAUCAGAAUCCUUAUAACUGGUGGCCUUGGAUCUUUAGCACCACGUUUUACAGUGUAAUCCGAGUAAGAGCUUCAUUAUUUUAUUUCAACUAACUAUUGCGUUUUCAUGACAAUAUUUGUGGCACUUCCUCGUUGACAGUGUUGUGUGUUGUUAAAAAGUUAAAUCUUAAGUAAACAUUUUGUACUACCAUGUCAUUUACAAGUGCCU